CAGUUAAGACGUUUGCAUCAUUGUAGCUAUAAGAGUCCUCUCGUUUUAGACCUUUCACAGUUUUAUUGUUUUUACUACGUUAACCAUGUUCGCGACCGGGCCAAACUAUGAUAAGUUGAAAACUAACCUCAGACUCAGUAUGUCUCGUCUAAAGUUAGCUCAGAAAAAAAAGGCUGCACUUGGGCAAAAAUCCCGAAGGGAGAUCGCUGAUUAUCUCGCGGUGGGAAAGGCAGACCGUGCUAGAAUACGCGUGGAGCACAUCAUCCGCGAAGAUUAUUAUUGCGAAGCAAUGGAAUUGAUCGAAAUGUACUGUGAUCUUAUUUUAACACGGUUUGGUCUUGUCAAAGAGUGUCAGACUUUGGAUUCCGGCCUUCAGGAGAGUGUAUCGUCCAUUAUUUGGGCUGGGCCACGAAUUGCUACCGACGUGCCUGAAAUAAAGAUGGUUUGCGACCAGUUAUGUAAAAAGUAUGGUGAAUUGUACGUAAAGGGAGUGCGGGAACGUUCCAUCGGUACAGUUAACGCGAAAUUGAUGCAUCGCUUAUCAGCGGAACCUCCCUCAAGAAACCUAGUUGAAAGAUACCUAAAGGAAAUUGCCACAACACACGAUUUAUCAUACGAACCCCAAAUCGUCGAUGAUGAUGAUCAUCAGAAAGGUGGUGGCGUAGGUAACCUUAUCGAUAUUGGACCUAUAGCACCGGACCCCUCUACUGCAGUUGGAUUCCGACCUGACUUAUUAGACCCAUCAUCUACUCCAAAGCCUACUGUUAUGGCGCCUGCUUUUGAGCCCCCGAUGCUUGAAGUACAAACGCCAUCAUCAGCAAACGGUUUAUAUGAUUUGCCUUCGGCCUCGACACUUGCGGUCUCAGGUGACCAAAGUGUAUCCUCAUCAGAAGCAGUCCCUAAAAAAAAGGACACCACGUUCCGCUCUUAUGAGGAAGACAUACCUCCACCAACAUACGAUGCUGUCACGACUAUAGGCCGUAAAAACACAAGCGAGUUUCCCCCAGAUGUGUCUACUUUAGACCUUCCUGAAAUACCCCAUCUCCCUGAUGUGCCUCGUUCAGAUACAGGAACGCCUCAAAGCGAUAAUUGGGGAACAUCUACAAGUGGAAAUGAUGUUGACUUUGACGAACUUUCUAGGAGGUUUGAAGAGCUUAAGAAGCGUAAAUGAGAAUGUUAAUUGUACUGAUAAAUAUCUAUGACAUCAUGUAAAAUAUAUCUCUAUGGUAUUGUGGGUACAAAUAGUAAGAUGAUAAAGUACGCGCAGAUGUGUACUGAGAAACAUUACUGCUCGUUAUUGUUGAUUUGUUUGGUUUCCCAUAGUUACUGUACGAGGAAACACUGUCAAGGUAACAAUCCAAAUGUAUUCUAUGCUGUUUUAACGUCACAAGUGGAUCCUGCACGAAAAGUUAUCUAUUUUCAACAAGCGUAGUUUAAGUAAUGGAAAUUUGUCUGAUUAGAUCUGCCCGGAAUCUGGAAAAAUAAAGCGUGCUUUUUGUGUUAUUAAAAAGACCCGAAAAUCACAACAAUCGAAAUUUACUAGUGAAUUAAAUUGGCACAUUUGAGAACUCUGUUACAAAACAAGACUACAUACUUUCAUAUUAUUCAGUUACCAAUGAAUUAAUUUCAUUAAAUUAAUGUAUCUAAUGAGAGCGAAUAAUAAAAAUGUAUUCAAUGGUA